AUAAUCCAUCCCAAUCUACACAGAUGACACUCAUAAUCAUUCAGAUUAGCUUCUAUUAACUACAUUCAAAAUAUCUUCAAAUAAUGUUUCCACUACUUUUUGGUUUUAUUUUUUGCAGAAUUUUGAGUUUUGACUCAUGGCUAAAGAGCAAUUGGAAGUGCUAAGUGCACUUGAUGUAGCAAAAACACAAUUGUAUCACUUCACUGCAAUUGUUGUUGCUGGCAUGGGUUUUUUCACUGAUGCAUAUGACCUUUUCUGCAUUUCUUUGGUCACGAAAUUGCUCGGACGCAUUUACUAUCACGUCGAGGGGUCAACAAAGCCCGGGACUCUCCCUCCUAACGUCUCUGCCGCGGUUAAUGGUGUCGCGUUUUGUGGGACCCUCGCCGGACAAUUGUUCUUCGGGUGGCUUGGUGAUAAAUUAGGAAGGAAAAAAGUCUAUGGAAUGACACUUAUGAUUAUGGUCAUUUGUUCAAUUGCCUCUGGCCUUUCUUUUGGCCAUACGCGGAAAAGCGUUAUGGCCACGCUUUGUUUCUUCCGGUUUUGGCUCGGGUUUGGGAUUGGUGGCGACUACCCUUUGUCCGCCGUUAUAAUGUCCGAGUACGCCAACAAAAGGACACGUGGCGCGUUUAUAGCGGCUGUGUUUGCUAUGCAAGGUUUCGGGAUCUUGGUUGGCGGGAUGGUGGCGAUUGUCGUUUCUGCCUCGUUUAAAACAGUGUACCCUGCUCCAGCAUAUCAGGACAACCCUAGUGCUUCCACUCCCCCCGAGGCUGAUCUCGCGUGGCGUGUGAUCUUAAUGUUUGGCGCUCUGCCAGCGGGACUUACUUAUUACUGGCGAAUGAAGAUGCCUGAAACAGCGCGUUACACGGCCUUAGUGGCCAAGAACGCGAAACAAGCGGCUAGUGACAUGUCAAGAGUGCUACAAGUCGAAAUAGAAGCCGAGCAAGAAAAAGUUGCGAAAGAAAAAGGGAACGAUUUCGGGUUGUUCACGAUACAAUUCCUCCGUCGCCACGGACUUCACUUGCUCGGAACGACUAGCACGUGGUUUUUAUUGGACAUUGCUUUCUAUAGCCAAAAUCUUUUCCAAAAAGACAUUUUUAGCGCGAUUGGAUGGAUCCCUCCACCCGAGACAAUGAACGCGCUCGAAGAAGUUUACAGAAUUGCAAGAGCACAAACUCUUAUCGCUCUCUGUAGUACCGUCCCAGGGUAUUGGUUUACGGUGGCAUUCAUCGAUAAAUUAGGGCGAUUCGCUAUCCAAUUGACGGGGUUUUUCUUCAUGACCGCGUUCAUGUUCGCGUUGGCCAUUCCUUACAAUCACUGGACACACAAGGAAAACAGGAUUGGAUUUGUUAUCAUGUAUUCCUUAACUUUUUUCUUCGCCAAUUUUGGUCCGAACGCGACCACGUUUGUGGUCCCCGCGGAGAUUUUCCCUGCGAGGCUACGGUCGACGUGCCACGGGAUAUCGGCUGCCGCUGGCAAAGCAGGAGCAAUAGUUGGUGCAUUUGGAUUUCUUUAUGCUGCACAAUCUAAUGAUCCAAACAAGACUGAUUCUGGCUACCCUCCUGGCUUUGGUGUGAGGAAUUCUUUGAUUGUUUUAGGUUGUAUUAAUUUUUUUGGGAUGUUGUUUACAUUGUUGGUACCAGAAUCUAAAGGGAAAUCAUUGGAGGAAAUGUCAAAGGAAAAUGAGGGAGUAGAUGGGAAUGAUAAAGAAGUCGAAUAGUUCGAGUUCAAGUUUGAUCAGCAAAAAAGAUAGAAAUUAGCGACAAACAAAAACUUAAGAAAGCUUUUAAGCUUUGUAACGGUUUAUAAUCGUAAUAAAAGUUAACAUAGUUUUGCUUGUC